GCCGCACCCAGAGAGUUUUCCGCCCUGCGGGCUCCUCCUCCGACGGUGCGCAGACUCUCGCAGAUCAGGAUCCCGGAAAGCGGGAGUGAGAAGGAGCUGCUAUCCGAGUUCAGUGUCCUGGUCCCUGGUGCCAGCUCUACCCAUGAGCUACCCAGGCUACCCACCACCUGCUGGUGGCUACCCUCCAGGUGCUCCAGGUGGCGGUCCCUGGGGAGGUGCUGGCUACCCUCCUCCCAGCAUGCCCCCUAUUGGGCUGGAUAACGUGGCCAACUAUGCAGGGCAGUUCAACCAGGACUACCUCUCAGGCAUGGCAGCCAACAUGUCUGGGACAUUUGGAGGAGCCAACGUGCCAAAUCUGUAUCCUGGGGCUCCUGGGGGUGGCUAUCCUCCAGUCCCCCCUGGUGGCUUUGGGCAGCCCCCUCCUGCUCAGCAGCCUGUCCCUCCUUAUGGAAUGUAUCCACCCCCAGGAGGAAACCCGGCUCCUGGGAUGCCCUCAUAUCCACCAUACCCAGGGGCCCCUGUGCCAGGCCAGCCCAUGCCACCCCCUGGGCAGCAGCCCCCAGGGGCCUAUCCCGGACAGCCUCCAAUGACCUAUCCUGGGCAGUCACCAAUGCCACCCCCUGGGCAGCAGCCAGUGCCAAGUUACCCAGGAUACUCAGGAUCCAGUACCAUCACCCCUGCUGUGCCUCCAGCCCAGUUUGGAAACCGAGGUACCAUCACUGAUGCUUCUGGAUUUGACCCCUUGCGAGAUGCUGAGGUCCUUCGGAAGGCUAUGAAGGGCUUUGGAACGGAUGAACAGGCCAUCAUCGACUGCCUAGGAAGCCGGUCCAACAAGCAGCGGCAGCAGAUCCUCCUGUCCUUCAAGACAGCCUAUGGCAAGGAUUUGAUCAAAGACCUAAAAUCAGAACUGUCGGGAAACUUUGAGAAGACUAUUCUAGCCCUGAUGAAGACCCCGGUCCUGUUUGAUGUCUAUGAGAUAAAGGAGGCUAUCAAGGGGGCUGGUACCGAUGAGGCCUGCCUGAUUGAGAUCCUCGCUUCCCGAAGUAACGAACACAUCCGGGAGCUAAACAGGGCCUACAAAACAGAGUUCAAAAAGACUCUGGAGGAGGCCAUUCGGAGUGACACAUCAGGACACUUCCAGAGGCUCCUCAUCUCUCUCUCUCAGGGAAACCGUGAUGAGAGCACAAACGUGGACAUGUCCCUUGUCCAGAGAGAUGUCCAGGAGCUGUAUGCAGCUGGGGAGAACCGCUUGGGGACAGACGAGUCCAAGUUCAACGCGAUCCUGUGCUCCCGGAGCCGGGCCCACCUGGUGGCAGUUUUCAAUGAGUAUCAGAGGAUGACGGGCCGAGACAUUGAGAAGAGCAUCUGCCGGGAGAUGUCUGGGGACCUGGAGCAGGGCAUGCUGGCUGUGGUGAAAUGCCUCAAGAACACCCCGGCAUUCUUUGCUGAAAGGCUCAACAAGGCUAUGAGGGGAGCAGGAACAAAAGACCGGACCCUCAUUCGCAUCAUGGUGUCUCGCAGCGAGCUUGACCUGCUGGAUAUCCGAGCGGAGUAUAAGCGGAUGUACGGCAAGUCGCUGUACCACGAUAUCACGGGAGACACUUCUGGGGACUAUCGGAAGAUUCUACUGAAGAUCUGUGGUGGCAAUGACUGAGUGGUGGCAGUGGCUCAUCUCUGCCCCCUGCUGGCAUUGGCCGGGAAAAGGCCCAAAGAGCACACACUUCAGUUUUCCCUAUCUAAUACCCCCAGGUGCAGUUCCCCUCCCUCCUACCCCUAAAGCCAUGGUCUUUUCCUUCUGGUCCCCCCUCAUCCACGUAUUGUGUCGAAAGGGCCCGGGUGGGCUGGGGUUCUCAGGCGGCCAUCUCCCUGGCCCUCACAGCUCUUACUGUGCAGAAUAGAUGUUUAUCUCUCUCAGUUCCUGCACUCAUUCCUCGUUGCUUGUGGCUAAGACUUUUAGCUUCGUGGUAGACAUGUGAUUUUUGUAUUUUUAUUUGAAAACUUUUUUUAAACCAUCAUUGGCAGACAGAUGCAUAUAAGUGUGCUUACUGUAUACAUGUUUCUGGGGAGGAGUGGGGCACCCCGUCCUUGCCUAGGAUAAAAAUGAGGUCUUGUAAGGGUACCUGGUGGUGUCUGGUGAGAAUGUGUCAUGAGUUUUGUUUUUGCCAAACUCACUCCUUUUUAGAAAAAGGCCAGAAAAUAAUUUGUUCCACUUUCCAUGCAAAGCCAUGCAAGAAUUAAAGCCAGUCCCCUGCCAAUGACAGACCUCCUUGUAGUUUGGAAUGUGCCUUAAACCUGAAUGUCUGUAGCCAAAAGCUGUUUCCAAAUUAAAGUCAGCCAGUUCUGGAACAUUCUGGAAAUGUC